CAAAAGCUGAUACAAUGACGAAACUGGUACCAGUGUUUCUUCUUUCAUUAAUAAACAUUCAAUUUGGAUUAUCACUGCAAGCUUGUGCAGAGUGUGAAUGCUGUUACAAUGGACGCAACUUUUGUGAUAGUAAUACGAACUGUAUAUACGGAUGUCAUGCAGGUUAUUAUGGUGCGAAAUGCACUGAACAGUGUCUGGAUAAUUGUAAAACAUGUGUGAAUGGCAAUGAAUGCACGGAAUGUAAACCUGGUUAUUAUACCAACAAUUGUAAUUUACAAUGUGGGAAAGGUUGUCUCAACAAUACAUGUUCGUUACUGUUAGGGGAAUGCCCUUGUAAGUCGACUAAUUUUAUCAAAGAUAAAUGUGAUGCUUGUUCAGGUGGUAAGUAUGGUGAUGAAUGUAACAAUACAUGUCCUAGUAACUGUGGCUCCUGUACAUCAGAAACAGAAUGUUCAUGGUGUAAAAACACUGCUUUUUACGGAUCAUAUUGUCAGUAUAGAUGUCCGGUUGGUUGCGAUGAUGGAGGAUGCAAUAAAGGCAGUGGAAAAUGUACUAAAGGGUGCAAAUCUGGUUUUUUCGGAGAUAAAUGUGACAAAUGCUCACCUGGAUUAUUCGGACCUUUUUGUGAUCGAAACUGCACCAACAAUUGUUUUUCUUGUUUAUCAGAAACAAGUUGCACCGAAUGUAACUCGGGUUUUUACGGGGAAACAUGUGCGAAUGCAUGUCCAUCGAGUUGUAAUGGAACCUGUUCAGUUUCCGAUGGUCAAAAUUGCAAUAUGACAGACAAAUACCGCGUUUGUGCAACAGAUACAGGGAGGUGUAUACACGGAUGCAACUCGGUUCUAAAAUAUGGUGAAUAUUGUGAGAAACAAUGUAGUGAUACUUGUAACAAUAAAAGCUGUGACUUGAAAACGGGACAUUGUUUAGAAGGAUGUGACAAUAAUUAUUACGGAUUGUUUUGUGAUAAUGCAUGUUCUACUUCAUGCAUAUCUCAUACCCGCCAACGUAGAUGUGAUGGUAUAAAAGGUCAUUGUUUAUUAGGAUGUAAAAAUGGUUUUCAUGGCAAAAGAUGUGACAACAUAUGCAGUAGCCUUUGCGUAAAUGCAACCUGCAGCCAAACAACAGCGGAAUGUUUAUAUGGCUGUAUAGAUGGAUUUAAAGGGCCUAAAUGUGCUGAAGUUAUACCGGAUUUAGAGGGAUAUUAUACUAGAAGUACACUGAUAGGAUCUACAAUAGGGACAUUUCUAGCUGGUGGUAUUGUUGUUGGAAUUGCCUCUUUGAUUACCAUCAUUAUAAGGAGGCGGAGGAAUAUACAAACUAAACAAUUAGAUGUACACGGAUAUGUAAACACAAGAGGACCUUGUGGAAAUCGUUCUAACGACAACACACAUGAGAGUGACUCUCCUGUUACUUACGAGGAUUUGAAAUCACGUGACGAGAGACUAUACAGUCAGAUAACUACAAGUCAGCAGAUAUCACCAACAGCAACUGAUUAUGUUAACUAUAGUUCAUAAUAAACUAGUAACUUUAAUCGGAGCAAACUCUUAUAGACUAGACACUUUCAUUAAAACAUUUUAUAAGAUACAUGUAUAUGCCUGUAUUUUACUGAAGUAGAUAAAACAGAUGUUUUUUUUUCUAUUAACGAAUUAAAAUUCCAGUUUUAUCACAAUUAAGCGUAAGAAACAAAUAUGUUUACUUCCAUUGCACAAGUGAACAUUUUACAAUAAUGAUGUAUAUUUUCUAAUUUAAUACGAACUAUCCUUGCAUAAAAACUGCACACGCUGGUAUACAUUAACUUUUUUAAAAAACACGGACCUCGUGCUGAUACCGGUAUUGCUUUUUUAAAUAUGCUUUAUGCGGGCGGCUGGUUAAAAAACAGCAUAAUGAAAUGAUGGCGUUCAUUGUUAAUUUAAAUUUGCAAAAUGUUAGUAUAAAUCAUUAUACCGCUAUAUAAAAGUAAAACUACAUAUAUUGUCAAAGUAAAACUAAACUAGAUAUUACUUUUUGUAAGUAUUUAACACAGCCGAAAACAGUUUUUUUAGAGAGUUUUUAAUAGAAUUGCUUUAUAAAAGUAGAUGUGUUUUAUAAUAAUUUCAUAAAAUUUAAUUUACAUGUUAUAUGUAUUUAUAGCUAUUUUUAAUAACUUAAGUUAAUUUCAGCAGAAAAAACUAAAUCUUUCCCUAAAUGGCUGUAUGCAUCUAUAUUUUGAAAGGUUUAUCUUUAAUUCAUGAUCAAAACCUAAAUCAGCAUGACUGCAAAUGUUAAAUAAUUCAGUUUUUCUCAAAUAUCUUCUGCAUAAAUCAA